AACAGUGUCCCACAGCGGAGGAAAGGCUUUCGGAAGAGCGAAGGGGACCACAGAGCCACAAAUAUCCCUGGUCUCCAGUGGAGAGAGAGAGAGAGCCAGGAGCGGUCAGUGAAGAUGCCGCCUCUCCAAAGGAUCAUGGUCCUGUAUCUGGUGGGGAUAUUCCCAGGAGACCGUCUGAUGUCCAGUUUCCACCUCCAAAGGAGAGACCUCUCGUCCGUCACGGAGUUGCAACUUAACAUGGCCCCAAACUCUUUUGACGACCAAUACAAGGGCUGUGAAGAUGCGAUGGCGGCCGAGCUGGAGGAGCUGAACCGCACUGAGUUUGCUAACAACUCGGUCUAUGCCGAGGCGUGGCAAAAGGCGGAAAGGAAAAUCUCACUCUCGCCUCCUGCAGGCCUCAAGCGAGAGUACGCCAUCGCCAUCGCAGCCUACACCAUCGAAGGACCCCUCUACCGGGAUUUCAAUGCAGCAGUAAGGGAAGCCGGGCAAAACACAGACUAUUACCUCAACGAUUUCCACUUCAAGACCUUCCAUUUUCUUCUGACCAGAGCCAUUCAGGAUCUGGGGGCCAAGGCUGCCCCCAAGUGCUACAAGGUGCACCGUGGGGUCAAAAAGAUCCGUUUUGUCCCAGGAGGUAAUAAGAUGAUCCGUUUUGGACACUUCACUUCCUCCUCGCUGAAGAGAGAGGUUGCUCUGCAGUUUGGGGAGGACACUUUCUUCAACAUUACGACCUGCCGCGGUGUCAGCAUCAAGGAUUUCUCCUUCUCCCCUGAACAGGACGAAGUGUUGAUCCCACCCUAUGAAAAGUUUGAGGUCGCAGGCCCCCAGAAACCAGGGACAACCACCAUCGACCUUCUCACCCUGGGAGAGUCCAGCACCUACAACUGUGCUUUUGUAAAAGGCGGAAGCGCGAGCCAGCUGUCUCCCAGCCUGGAGGCACCUUUCCUUCUCUGGGGGUUCCUGCUCUUUGCUGAAGGUCUUGGGUCGCCCGGACUCCUCUGACCCGGCACCCCGUCUUUGUCUCUGGACAGUGGGCAGAAGCCGAUACUGGAGAAAAAGGAACGAAAACUUGGAAUUGGAGGAAACUCCAGCUUCUGUCUUCGGAGCUACCCUCAGCACCACCCCCUCCAAAUAAGGCUCCUUCCAACCCAAGCCUGCAGCUUCAUUGCUUUACUGCUAUUUUUGUAACGAUGCAUUUGCUUUAGCGGUAUUAAUUUGAGUGGUGAUGCUGUUGCAAUGUCCUCAGGGUAGGUGGAUGCAGGUGUGUGAUGGGAUUCACAUCUAGCCUCUCCGUACCAACUCCUCCUUUUCACCUGUAUGCUGAGAACUUGCACUUGAAAGAUUCCUGCUGCAAUUGACACCGCUUGGCACACAUCCCUCAUACGCUGAUACGCUCUGCACCGUGCCUCUGUGCCAGCUAGUCAUUUCCAAAUUUAAUGCAAUUAGGCAGCGCAAUGAUAAUGCAAUAGGACUCAUUAGAAAACAAUGCAAAAAAAUGAGAAAAAACGUCAAGGGCAUGACGUAUCAUAAUGACAAUAAAAGUGAGAUGAUGAAUGCAAUUAACAUUCCA